UUUUCUAACCCUAUAUUACAAUUACUACAUCCCUAUUACCUAUACCUAUCUAUCUAUCUAUCCAUCCAUCAUCAAAUGACAACCAUAACACCUCUCAACCGUGACGAAUCCGACUAUGACAGCAGCAGCUCCUCCACCACCACCGUCCCCGGCUCCGGCCGUCUCAGUUGGAUGAGCAGCAGUCGCCGGAGCUCCAUCUCCGCCGUCUCAACCGACUCAUCUCCUCCAAUCUACAAACCCCACAAAGCCCAUCAAGUCGCUUGGGAAGCAAUGGUCCGGGUCAGACAAUCUAAUUCCGGUCGGGUCGGGCUCGAUAACUUCCGUUUGCUUCGUCGCCUAGGUAGCGGCGAUAUUGGAAAUGUUUAUCUUUGUCAGAUAAGAAACGACGUCGUUCCACGGACAACGGCGGCGGCGCCGCCAAACUGUUUUUAUGCUAUGAAAGUUGUGGAUAGAGAAGCGUUGGCUAUAAGGAAGAAACUUCAAAGGGCGGAAAUUGAAAGAGAGAUUUUGGGAAUGCUUGAUCAUCCUUUUUUACCGACGCUUUAUGCACAAUUUGAUGCUUCUCAUUAUUCUUGUUUGGUUAUGGAGUUUUGUCCCGGCGGCGAUCUUUACGCCGCCCGUCAAAGACAGCCGACCAAACGUUUCAGCAUCUCCACUACCAAAUUCUACGCGGCGGAGAUUCUUCUAGCUUUGGAAUAUCUACACAUGAUGGGUAUAAUCUAUAGAGAUCUCAAACCAGAAAAUAUCUUGGUUAGAGAAGAUGGUCAUAUCAUGUUAUCUGAUUUCGAUCUUUCACUCAAAUGCGACGUUGUUCCAAAGCUAAUCAAAUGCAAAUCCAAAAGAGAAUCACAUUCGUCAAGUUUUUGCUCAACACCUUCUUGUUCAAUCCCCAUGCAGCCAGUUCUUUCUUGUUUCUCGAAAAACAAAACCAAACCCAACUCCAUUAAUGUAAGAACAAUUACAGAACGAGUAGGCAAUCCAAACAGAGGAAUCGAAACAGAGGAUGAUGAUCAAGAAGAAUACGAAACAGAGCUGGUGGCCGAACCAAUACAUGCACGGUCAAAAUCAUUCGUGGGUACCCAUGAGUAUCUAGCGCCGGAAGUAAUCUCCGGCCAGGGACAUGGGUCGCCGGUGGAUUGGUGGACAUUUGGGGUUUUCUUAUACGAACUAUUGUAUGGGAAAACUCCAUUUAAAGGAGAAAACAAUGAGAAAACCCUAGUUAAUAUUUUGAAACAGCCGGUGAACUUUCCGAGGAUUGGGGUUAAUACAAGCAAGGAAUACGAUGAUUUGGUUAAUGUUCAAGAUUUGAUAAGUAAGUUGUUAGUGAAGAAUCCAAAGAAGAGGAUUGGGAGUUCACAAGGGUCGUUGGAGAUCAAAAGACAUGAUUUUUUCAAAGGUGUAAACUGGGCUUUAAUUAGAUCAGUUAGACCUCCUGAAGUUCCCGGCGAUCUGAGAAAGACGGCGGCGAUGAUAAGUCCGACGACCGGCGGCGGCGGUGGAGGGAGAAGAGCAAUCAUGACAAGGUUGAUGAGUAAGAGAGAAAGAGAUGCUCCAUUUCAAAUCCCAAAUCAUUUUGAUUACUUCUAAUUAAUAAAAUUAAUAAUAAAUAGCUAUAUAUAUAUAUAUAAAUAUUAAUGUAAAUUAAUCUCAAUAUAUAUAUAUAUAUUAUAUAAUAUAAAUGUAAUUGGGUAGCUAAUUAGUUAAGCAAAAGGUUUAGUUUUUAUUUUACCUUAUAUAAUUUCAUCAUCUUAUUGUAAUCACUAAUGAAAUGACAAAUCAAAUCAUUGCUUCU